GGUAACACCCAAUAUCAUCAAUCAUCUGACUGCGACAAGUGCCCGUGUUUUCCUACUUAUUUAUUAUUUAUUUUGAUAACGAAUCGAUACUGUGAGCUGCUUUCUGAGAAACCAUGAAGCUGGAGUCAAAUAAUAAGAUGAUAAACAGUGACAGUGGGGCAGAGACACCAGAGGACGUGGUGGAUCCGCGACAAAACGCAGAGGAUAUUAUUGAUGAGAUUUUGGCGGAGUUCACAGAGUCCCGAUCGCCGCCCGAUGGGGUGCGGAAUGGUAACGGAGUCCCUGAGAGUUUGUUCAGCAUGAUACAGCCGCCGCGGACGCGGACGCCCGCCAAUUCAUUAUCCGAGACUGCCACCAUUGACGAUAUCGACCCGGCGUCGGACCUCGGCACCUCCAUCAGAAAUAAGUGCUUAGAGCUGGAAGAGAUUCUGCAGAGCCUUAAGUCACGACUAAACCACGUUGUACUCGACGAGAACAUCGUGCUGAGCCCUGAGGACAACUCCCUGGAGGCACAGCUGGAACAUGACAUGGACACUGCCUGCCAAGAAGACUUGUCUCUCCAGGAGUUCCUGGAGCUACUCCACUCCCAGAACAAUAUAACCCCUACCGGUGUACAAUGAUCACUUACAGGACAACUCGCAGAAUUUACUAAUAAUAUAAGACAAAUUACAUGAAUUUAUUGUGUGCAAAUUUGAGAUUAGAAUUUAUUGGAAUACUAUUAAUUAAAAGUUUCAGGCCUA